AUGUCUACAGGUCUGCCCACACCCUGGACCGUGCGGUUUAGCAAAUCUAAGCGCAGAGAAUACUUUUUCAACCCAGAGUCCAAGCAAUCGCAAUGGGAAGAGCCCGAAGGAACCGAUCAUGAAGCGCUCAAGAAGUAUCUUUCUGAGCACCCAGUAAAGGUCCGCUGCUUACAUGUUCUGAUCAAGCACAACGGCUCUAGAAGGCCCGCAUCUCAUCGUCAAGAUCCCAUCACCAUCUCUAAAGAAGAGGCACUCGAGCAGUUGAGCAAGUGCAAAGAACAAAUCGAUAGCGGCGAACGGUUCGAAGAUGUGGCCAAAGAACGCAGCGAUUGUUCUUCUUUCAAACGUGGCGGUGACCUAGGGUACUUCAGUCGCGGCGAAAUGCAGCCUCCUUUUGAAAAAGCUGCGUUUGCACUUAAAGUAGGCGAAAUGUCGGGCCCAGUUGAAACUGACAGUGGCGUCCAUAUCAUAAAGCGUGUUGCCUAA